GCAGAGAGUACGGUUAUGGUCGUGACGUCCCUCGCGAGUCUCUUCACUGCUGCUGAAGAGUGAAGAGACAGUGAAUGGUGGCUUUCUGACUAAACUUCUUUUCUUCCUGGGUUCGCUCUCUCUCUCUCUCUCUGGAUUGACUGAGUCGACUCGGCACUGCUUCCAAACUAGUUCUCAUCAUCAUCAUCAUAAUCGAUAAGGCAGGGGUUUACAUUAAAUUUGCGAUUCCUCGUUUUCAAAAAAAAGAUAGUUGGGAAGCUUGAAAUGGGAGAAGAAAGGGACGCAUUUUACGUGGUUCGAAGGGGAGAUAUUAUUGGUGUUUAUAAGAAUUUAAACGAUUGCCAGCUCCAAUCUGGACCUUCGGUGUGCAAUCCUUCUAUAAGCGUGUAUAAAGGCUAUGGUUUGACUAAGGAGGCCCUGAACCACCUUGCCUCAAAUGGGCUAAUGAACGCUUCUUACACUAUCAGUGCCAAUGAUUUCAAAUAUGACCUUUUUGGAAAACUUGUUGCCUGUCCUUACCAGGAACCGUGUUCUUCUAGAGUAAAUGCCGCUGAUAAGGACUCUUCUCAUAAGAGAUCGCUGGGAGGUGUUGAGUCUGAAGCUUCUGUAACUAAGAUGCCAGGGACUAAUUCAUUUGCAACCUUCCGUCAGAAUAAGCAUUUCAAAUCAGAUAGUUCUAUUGAAAGCCAACUAAUCUCUUUUAGCCCUUUCCAUCAUAUUCCUUCUGUCUUCUCCGCGUUUCCUCCGGCUAGUUCAUCUUCAUCAGCAUUCUAUGAUGAUAAGGAUUUCAAAUCAGAAAGUCAACCAAUUUCUUCCAGCUCUCUUUCCUGUAUUCUGGAGUUCGAUGGUGCUUCAAAAGGAAAUCCUGGACUAGCUGGUGCAGGAGCUGUGCUGCGUGCUGAGGAUGGAAGUAUUGUAUGCUGUUUGCGAGAGGGGGUUGGGGUUGCAACAAAUAAUGUUGCUGAAUAUCGAGGAGUACUUUUAGGAUUGAAACAUGCCCUUAAGGAAGGAUUUAAACACAUUCGUGUCCAAGGCGAUUCUAAACUUGUAUGCAUGCAGGUUCAGGGCCUGUGGAAAACCAAAAACCAGAAUAUGGCUGAAUUGUGUAAACAGGCGAAGGAGCUUAAGGAAAAGUUUAUUUCAUUUCAGAUCGAUCAUGUUAUGAGGGAGUUGAAUACUGAGGCUGAUGCGCAAGCAAACCGAGCAGUAAAUCUCAGGGAUGGACAAGUUGAAGUGGAUCGUAAGAAGAAGUAACUCUUUUUUAAGUGUUGCAGAGAUUGACUGAAUCCAGGACUGAUGACUUUGCUGAGAGUUUUGACAUGCAAAAUCUUUUGGCUCGAAUAUAUAAAAUUUGUAAAUAUCCAUUUACGUUUUGAAGAAUGUAGAAAGCUUUGUCAGCUUGCCCCGGUUAAAAUCAAGACCUCUUUUAACUUGACCAUUUUGGGAAGUGGAUUCAUGGAAACUUUUUUUUAAUGUUGAUUAUUAUUGCAUAUAAAUUUGAAGCAUUAGAUUUAUUUUA